CACGCACACACACAUUCACUCAGAGAACACAAAAGCUGUUUCACUCUUCCUUUGCAUUUUCCCCCAGCUGAAGAAACAUCUAUAAGAAUCUUGCAAAUGUCCUGGGAACGUCUGUAGCUGACAAGUUGUUGGAAAGCAAAUAUGUCUCUGCCAUUGUCCUUGCUGAUAUGUCUGUCAGUCUUCCAGCUGUGUUUGGGAGCUCAGCCUGAGAAGAGAUUCCUUACAAAACAGCAUUGGUCUGAAAAACCUACUGAGUCAGAAGAUGUUCAGAAGGCCGUUGAAUUUGCUGUGGAAAGGUUCAACAAAAAAGCAAAGGGCAAGAUGUUCUUCAAGCUGGUCUCAAUUAACAGUGCUAAAUCCCAGGAAAGCAGUAAGAUCAAGUAUAAAAUCGACGCAGUCUUCGAAAGAACCAAAUGUCCUGAGGGGAAAAACCAUGAUGUGAAAAGCUGCAUUUUGGAAAAACAGCAACUAUUGUGCCAAUUUGUUGUGUCUUUGAACCCCCGCAAGAGCAAAUAUGACCUGAAAUCCAAAAAAUGCCACGAAGUUGCAGAGGAGGCUUAAUUCUUUUUUUACAGUGUCAAGAUAACCUGAGAUCAUCCCAUUACUUCCAUGCUGAAGAUUUUAGGUUAACAGUCACAAUACAUGAAGUUACAUUUAUAAUUAAUUACACAAAGUAGCAUCUAUAACUAGGGGUAAAAUCAAACUUCAAUAAAA